ACAAAUUUUUAGCUAAAGAUUAUAUUUAAAAUUGUGAAGUAAUAUUCCAAGACAUUGACCUUUUGCAGAUGUAAAGUGUACUAAAAUGUCACUAAGUUUGGAUAUUAAACUUAGGCGAGGCAAUAAAGUAUACUAUGAAGGGGAAACUAUUAGCGGCGUAGUGCAAAUCAUCAGCUCUUCCGAAGUUAAGCACGAGGGAAUUGUUUUGUCCCUCGAAGGUUUGGUAAAUCUCACGAUUAGCAAUAAAAAUGUUGGCAUAUUCGAAGCGCUGUACAAUUCAGUGAAGCCCAUAUCGCUUCUUAACCAGCACAGCGAUCUGGCCCCGUCGGGUAAACUGCCCGCUGGAACGACCGAAAUCCCUUUCGAGCUUCCACUGAUUUGUCCGAAGGAACCAAAAAUUCUGUACGAAACCUACCAUGGGGUGUUCGUCAACAUCACCUACAUGCUUAAAUGCGAAAUGAAGCGCAGCUUCCUCGCCAAAACUGCCUGCAAAACACAACAAUUUAUCAUCCAAUACCGGCCGAGCCGGGCUUCAGAGAAAAAAUCCGAAGUAAGUUUCUCGAUAAGUCCGGAAACAUUGCAAAAAACGGCCAAGGAGCGAAUCGCCAUUCCGAGGUUUCUGAUUACCGGUGUUCUCGAUUCGACCGAAUCCUGCGUGACGCAGCCCUUCACGGGGAACUUAACGGUGCACCACACCGAAGUGCCGAUAAAGUCAAUCGAAAUUCAACUUGUGCGUGUCGAAACGUGUGGCUGCGCCGAAGGUUACGCUCGCGACGCUACCGAAAUACAAAACAUCCAGAUUGCGGACGGUAACGUCUGCCCAAAGGUACCCAUUCCGAUCUACAUCACGUUUCCCCGAUUGUUCACGUGUCCAACGUUGAUAACAAAGAAUUUCAAAGUCGAGUUUGAGGUGAAUUUAGUAGUCGUCUUUGGCGAUGAUUACCUGGUGACUGAAAAUUUUCAGAUUUUAUUAAAAAGGACAGCUUAGUUUUAAAUUUUCACAGCAAAUAUAUAGUGGC